UGUGCAAAGAUGAGGGAGGAGGGUUUUUAGGGAGCGAUUCUAUUGGCUGCACCAAUGAUGGGCUACGCAAAAAAGGUCUGAGCUCCUCUUAAACAUAUCUUAAAUAGUUGUGGAAGAGUUCCCUCUGCGGAAAAAUAUGGCUACGCAUGAUAAGCCCAUUCUUCACGGUUACUUCAGAAGUUCUUGUUCUUGGAGGGUCCGCAUCGCUUUUGCUCUCAAAGGGAUUGAAUACGAACAGAUUCCAGUCAAUCUAAUCAAAGAUGGCGGUCAGCAGCUCACAGAUCAAUACAAGGCACUCAACCCCAUGCAACAAGUGCCUGCAGUGGAAAUCGAUGGAAUCACUUUGUCCCAAUCAUUAGCAGUGAUCCAGUACAUCGAUGAGACCAGGCAGGGUCCCAAGCUCCUACCCGUAUGCCCCAAGAAGCGCGCCCAGGUGCGGAUGAUCUGUGACAUCAUUGCCUCUGGGAUCCAGCCUCUUCAGAAUCUGUAUGUGAUCCAGAAGAUCGGAGCAGACAAGGCGCAGUGGGCACAGCAUUUCAUCCAGCGAGGUUUCCAAGCUUUAGAACCCAUCCUUAAAGAAACCGCUGGGACAUACUGCGUAGGAGACGAGAUAUCCAUGGCAGACAUCUGUCUUGUGCCACAAGUCUACAAUGCAGAAAGGUUCAAAGUGGACGUUGGCCAGUUCCCAACGAUUGACCGACUGAACCAGACCUUAGUGGGGGUCGAGGCCUUCAAGUUGAGCCACCCGUCCUGCCAACCCGACACGCCUGCUGAUCUGCGUUCUUAGGAUGCAGGACUCGGCUGCAAUUGCAUAUUUGUAGAAUAAAACAAUUUCUCAUAA